AUGGAGCAAUCAAAUCGCCUGAUGAAAGAAGAGCUGGAAAGGGAAAAGGAAGAAAACCGAGCCCACAUGGAGAGGCAGUCACAACUUCUGAAAGAGAAAGAGCGAUUGGAAAAAGAUAUAAAAAAACAAGCUCAUAUCAUCGAAGAGAUGGCUGAACAAAACGCCAGAGUGCAAAAAGAACUAAUGGAGGCAAAGAUGAACGACUUCGUGCGAGGCGAACGGCUCCAAGCUCUACAUACCGAGCUACAAGGAUUAAAGGAGAAGGUUAGUUUCCUCGAAAAUAAGUCAUCCAAGCCUGUGGAAGAGGAAGAGAAUGAAGCCUCAGAGGAAGAUCUACCUGAGGAGAGUGUCCCUCUUCCACAGCAAGUCAGCCAUCUCAGUAAUGAAGAGGAAACGCUCGAAAACCAGGGACUAAAAGCAAACAGACGAGUGAGACUAAAAAGAAACUCACUCCCAGGAAAGCUGCAAGCUAAUGAGGAACAGAAGGAAGAAGAAAAAGUAAUUGUCACUGUAAAGAAAAGAGCAGAAGAAACAAAAAGAGAAGACCAAGGAGAAGUAGAGAAAGACGCCCGCAAGGACAACAAGGGGUGCCAAAAGCCCCAACGGGUUAAAAAGACUGAUAGAAAACUGAUCACCUUCAACCUGGAACCAGAUCAGCCUCAGCCAGACAAACGUGUCUUCUCCCGCUCUACAAGAAUUCCCCCUCAACAGGAGGACAACUCUAUAAUCUUCAGGGGGGAAAAAGUUAAACUUAGAUGGAUUGAGGAAACGGAUGGAGAAGUGAUAGCUGAACUGGCUGUCGCAAGGAGAUUCCAUAAAGCUAUCAAUGGAAUCCAGGGUAGGACGCUUGAGGAGAUCACCAAUAGAAGUGGUGUCACCCUCAUUGCACUGCCGGGAAAGUUAGAAAAAACAGAUCUAAUCACUAUCGCAGGUAGAGUCCAUCAAGUUCGUCUAGCUGCUAAUCAUAUUGAACGCCUCAUCAAUAAUCUCUACUAA